UAACAAACGAUGAAGAAGGAAAAAAACUUUCAAAAGCCAGUACCUCAGUCAAAUACAUAUCAACUUCCCCAGCCAUCACCUUAUGCUACACAACCGGGUCUUAGUUAUGGAUACGGUUAUGGGAGGCAGUCAGUUUCCCCCUAUUAUAAUUCAAAUCCAUAUCAAAAUCCUAUUCCGGCCAAAGAAAGAUUUGUUCACAAUCCGGAAGAAAAGGAAGAACAAACUACACAUGAAAAAGUGAAAGAUCCAUUUGAGAAAAUAGAAGAUAAUGAGGCUGAAAACAAAAGUGGUGGGGAUGAACGAACGAAAACAACGGGAAAACAGCGUAUUAAUCCGCAAUUUCAACGGGAUGACAACUACAUUGUCCCUGGUUAUGCUCGACCAACAACGCCUAUCGAUGUUCCACUUCCAAAACCAAUGUCUCCAAUAAUUUAUCCAACACCUCUUCCAGUUUAUCAACAACGACCGCCACCAUUACAGCAAAUGCUUCCAGCAACCAUCUACCAGCCUUCACCUCAACCAAUUUCACAACAAUGGCAGCCGUAUCCACAGCAACUUCAAUGUCCUCCCUGCCCUCUUCCUUCUCCUCAACCACUUCCUCCGCCUCCACAACCAGCGCCUAUUCAAAAUUGUUGUCUUCGCUGUCCGUACACUAAAACAACUGCUUUACUUAAAUCAUAUGGUGUAAAGACAAUCACAAAACCUUAUUUACAUAGUGGAAUAUCUUCUUCUGUUGAUGAGUUGGCAUUUCAUACAAAGAAGAGGGAUGAGGGAAAAUGUAACGAUAAAGAACUUGCCGCAAUUUUGGGAGAGGUUUUUACGCUUAAAAUGAAUUUAGCAAAAGAGGCAAUUUUGGAUAGAGUCGAAAAACGAUUGUUAACAUCUAGCGGACUUCAACGACCUAACAUUCUCUUUCACGUUGUUUGUGCUCCAAGAAUGUUGGAAUAUAUUGUACGAUCAGAAAAGUUUUGUGCAGGAGAUGUUGCCGAUGGUAUUUGUUUUGUAUUUAGAACGGGACAAUAAAGAAAAUGAAAUAUAAAAAAUUGAACAUAACCUCUAGUAAAGUUUUAAUUUUAUUUUUUAAUUUAAAUGACCCCUUUACGCUUUGGGUUUCAGGCCCGGUAGACCGGAUAUUUUGAUAGGACCUUGUUUUUCUGGGGUUUGGCCCCUUAUUUUUCUGGGUUUUAGCCCGGAAACCCCAGCCCUGGUUAUUUUGAAAAAAUAAAACACCCGAGUACCUGGCCGGCAAUUUUAAAAUGUCGAACU